GUUUUUUGUAAAGUUGCCCAAGAGAAAAUACUUCGAUUGAAAAGCACUAUACCUCCGACUUCAAGCCCUAGACUCUCUACCGCACUUCACCUACGGCCCCGAAAAUCACAUUUCGAUUCUAGAAAUUCAUAAAGCCGUUGAAUUGGAUAUUUUAGCCGAUCGAUCGGCACUACAAGAAGGUCGAUUUGCUGUAUUUUCAAGAACAUUGGUGCCCAAACGAAGAAGAAAAAUCCCUCUUUCACGUCCGUACGGCUACGAAACUCAAAAUUUCUGAUUUUUUAUUGAUUGAAUCUCUUCUCCUCAAGCUUGAUAGAGAAAGGAAUUGGGGUCCAAUGAAGCAUAUUCUAAAGAUAAUGGCGUUAGUCGCUGCAGUCUCUGCAUUUUGGAUUGGACUAUUGGAAACAUCAGUCAUAUCACGAACCUAUACUUGGCUGCUGCCAGUCUACUUUGUUGUUUCGCUGGGCUGCUAUGGUCUAUUAAUGGUUGGAAUUGGAUUGAUGUUGUUUCCAACAUGCCCUCAAGAAGCUGCCCUACUACAAAAGGAUAUUGCAGAGGCUAAGGAAUUCUUGAAGGAGAAAGGAGUUGAUGUUGGCUCUGAUUAACACAUUUGAAUUCGUUUCAAGAAAGAAUCCAUAAAUUUUCUCAGCCAGAGACGCCCAUUUUACAAAUUAUCUAACCAUAAGGCAACAAACCACGAAAGUUAGCUCCAUGGCAGAGAACAGUGAUUAGCAGUCAGCUUUAGGCUUGUGAGUUGUUCAUCUUUUUUUCUUUUUUCUUUUUUUGUCAUGAUUGUUUAUUCUCUGUUAAUUGCAACAACAGUCGAAAUGGGACCCACAAAAAAUCAAUAUACCACAAGAGGAGGUAGAUUGUGUGA